UCAAAAUGGCGGCCAUCAGAGGUGCUUCAUUAAAACAUGUUGCCAGAGUAACUGUUUCGUUCUGUCCUUUUGACUCAAAAACGGCGACAGCAAGAGACUUCCUUUUAAGAGUUUCAUGUAGAAGAAUGAUAGACUCCAAUCCUAAAUGCCAGGUCAUAUCAAAUUUCAAGAAUGAUGGAUCAGAACCUGUUGUGGAUAUUGUCUUUAAUGACAAAGAUACUCUAUCAAUGAAAACCAGCAACAUGAAAUUGAUGGACGUGAUUGCAACAUUUAACAACAAAUGCAAAGAGAAGGAUGUGGGCGAAUGAAUCCUUUGUCACCAGGCCAAGUACAACCAGGAUGACGGAUGUUCAGAGACAAAAUGCCACAGUUACUUUGGAAGGAAUCACGAUAACAAUAGUUUCAUGUGCAAGAGCUUUGAUAUGUAUGUUCUUUAUGAUAUACUUUUUGUUAAAUAGAAUUGUGGCUAGGCUUAAUUUCCACCACGCUGGUCUCUGUUCUCCCUUUUGAGAAAGGGGAGUGAACCUAUUUUACAAAAUCAGCCAGUUAUAAAACUGAGCUGUGGUGUGUUGACAAGAAUCUGAAGCAAGAAAAUGAGCUGUUCUCAACUUGAAAACAGACAAUGUCUUUAUUCAACCUAUUAAGUGCAGUCAAUCCCUUGGCAUAGUUUGUUAAGUUUGUUACAAUACUUACAGCCUAUUGUACAAGUUUCUCACAACAUCUAGUGUCAAGAUAACAAUUACAAACUUUUUCUGAAUUUUACUUUUAAAAAGAUAUCAGUUCAAAGAACUAAAAUGUGUAGUACAAUAUGUUUGAUCAUGACUGUCUAUUUGUUCUGUUUUAAGUUGGUUUGCUCAAAUUCUGAUGUAGAAAAUAAAUGAUACAAAUAAAUUUAAAAUUUACACGA